AUGGCACCGUCGUUCGCAGAAGCCACGGCAGUGGAAGCCGUCGACUCUCACACCUACUCGGCCAGCUUCUAUUCCGAUUGGUGCGUCGGCUCAGUGCCUCAUGGCGGCGUCGUAACGUCAGCCUUCCUGCGCGUCGCCUCGCUGCACUUCCGCACAACGCUCGCCGCCCAGAAGCAGCCACAUACCAUCACCCUGCAUCUCGAGUUCAUGCGGCGCACGCAGGAAGGCCCCGUAACCUUCAGGGUCAGGGACGCAAAGCUCGGCCGGCAGACGUCUACGAUCCACGUGUCGCUGGAGCAGGACGGGCGCGAAGAAGUCGUCGGCUACAUUACAAACUCAAACCUCGAUGCGGAGCAGGGCGUGUCCUUCGAAACCGGCUGGUCGCUCCAACCCGCGCCGCCCCCUGUUGACCUGGCACGCUUGGCCACCGACACAGACACCAGCUGGGUCGAGGUGAUAGACAAGCCAUACUCGAACUUCCGGAAGGUGUGGAAUCGCGUGCGCAUAUAUGUGCCGCGCAAGGGUCAGGCGCUGCAUAGCCUCGCUGAUGAGUGGCUGCGGCUUGAGUCGGGCGAGAGGUUUACGAACGAAAGUAUCGGACUGGUGUCGGAUCUGUGGCCGCAGAUUGUCGAGACGUAUCGGCAGGCGGAGAAGAAGGAUGCUCCGUUCUGGUACCCCACGCUGCUGCUGAAUUUGGACAUGAAGAAGUCGCUACCGGCGGAAGGCGUGGAGUGGCUGUUUGUGCGGGUGCGAGCGAAGAAGAUCAAAAACGGGCGGCAAGACCUGGAGGUCGUUAUCCAGGACGAGAGCGGUGACAUCGUGGCGCUGAGCCACCAUGUCGUUUUCACCUUGAGCGCGGAGAGGAAUACGGCGAAACGCAAGACACAGGGCCAGAGUAAAAUCUAG